CUGCUCCUUGUUAAGCCAGUUGUGUGAUGGCGGAUGUGCUGCAACUGCCAAGCUCUUGCCUUUGCAAGAAAGUGCGGUUUCUGGCACCAGUGGACCGCGAGCGCUCCUGGUUAGCCUGCCAUUGUCCAGAUUGCCGACGAGCUCAUGGUGCAGCAUGGGUACCCCUGGUGCCCCUGGUGAAGGGCCUCGAACUGCAUGGGGCACGAGGUUCAUUGAAGGAAGGACCCUUCUCAACCUGCUCUGGGCUUGAAGGCUCGUUAAAUGCAGAAGUGCGCCGGCACUUCUGUCAGUCGUGUGGUAGCACUUGCCUGGUGUCGCUGCACAUGGAGGGACAGGUGCGUUGCUCCUUGCUUCCGGCUGGGGUCUUAUCGGACAAGGACUUCCCCAAGGAUUUUUGCCCCAAGCUGCAGGACCUUGGAACGCAGUCCCCGGCGCCCUUUGGGCCUUUGGCUGGGCCCGUGUUCAGCAAAAACCCCGGCCUUCCGAUCCUGGGCUCCUGCCUUUGCGGGCGGUGCCGCUUCAGGACGGUGCGGAGCCCCCGGGAGCUGCAGCACUGUCAUUGCUCCAUGUGCCGACAAAUCAGUGGGGCGGCAUACCAGACAUGGACUCCUGUUCCCAAGAUGGAGAUGGAGUGGAUCACACCGAACGCGCUCAAGACGGUUCGUGCCUCCAGGCACGCUACUCGAGAGUUUUGUCAGGAUUGCGGCUCUGCAAUGACCAUCAUGUACAGUAGUCAGCGCAGUACCGUUUGGGUGUCGGCGGCGGCGUACGACAAGACGGCGUUUUUCGGCCUGCAGCGACAGCAGGCUCUCCACAUUUGUGCAGAUUCCGCGCCGCCUUGGCAUUUACCAGACCGCUGGGCGUUGGAUGGGAUCAAGCGCAUCGGCGACGUGUGCGAAGACACGGAUGAGGCGGAGCCUGAAGCAGGUCCUUACCUCGAGGCUGGUGCGGAGAGUGAAGAGGAAGACUUCCAGCUGCAGCAGGUUCUGCAGAGAAGCCGGCUGGAGGUGACAGGCUGUGACCAGACCAGCGGAUCAUCCUCAAGCUCGUCCAAACCCAACCCGCAGCUAGCUGCCUUGCAGGAGUUGACCGGUUGCAGCCUGCUCCAAGCAGAGCAGGCCCUGGCGACCACGGGCAGUAUAGAUGCAGCUGCCGAGGCCUUACUUGGCUGUGCAGAUUCUGAUUUGCCGGCGACGAGGGAUUCCGACAGCCCCAAGAAGAGGCCGGAGUUGGAGCUGGAGGACGAUCGGCUCGCCAAGAAGCCGAAGUCGGAAGCGGGCACAAAUUGCCAAGCUGGCGCAGCGAGUGGUCCUGGAUUCCAAGUUGUCUGGCGAGGAGAGCUGGCAAAGAAGCUGAAAAGCUCCAGCGCCGUCAUCGACCUGUGUGACUGAGGGGG